ACCUUUUUUGAUGGAUAGAGUUAUUUUCACAUAAGUAUUGAAACUGGAAGUAGAUUUUUUUCAUCCAAUGAUACAACUAGGUUGUAGAAGUCCGACGUGAAACUGAAAUGUGUAUUUCCUCUCCCGACACUAGUAUUUUAUUUCCUAUUUUGAUUUUGACGAAGCACUGGUAAACACACAAUCAGACCGCUGCCAUAUGAGAAAUGAUGGAUUCGCCGCUAAACAAGGCCCAUCAACAAGAAAGAAAGGCAGAAGCUCUUCUAAGAUCUGGAAAAUUUGAUGAAGCUGUAGAGUGCCAUCAGCAAGCAGCAGAGUAUCUCCUUAAGGCUCAGUCCCUUACAAGGGUAGAAAAGGCUCUAGAAUCCCUUCAGCUACAGCAUGACCACCAUAUCAAGCAAAAGGCUGUCAUCAGAGCAAAGCAAAGAAAGGCACAGUUGCAGAAGCAACAGCAGAUGGAUUCCAAUGAUACUACUAUAACUAACAUUGCAUCUCUGUCUGACAAUCUACCACAGAUAUCAGGGUAUUCAGACAUGCCAACAGAUGUUACUGAUGGCCAGAUGGAGGAAGAAACAUUUAAGACCAUGGAGGAAACAGAUUCUUUACUGUUCUUUUUACAUAACCGUGCUAUAUCUUUGGGUAUGGAUUCACCAAGACCAUGGCCAAAUAGACACCUCAUUCAGACUGCAGUAAAGGCUCCCAAAGAUGACAAAAUGAUUAUUGAAGAAUUAAAGACUCACAAUCUGGCUUUAAGGUCACACAUAGAACAGCUUUUAGGAGAAAAUGCAAAUUUGCAUGAGGAAUUGAAUAAGAUUAAAAAAGAAAAUGAGGAGUUAAAAACAAAUAAUCACAUCAAACCUGUAUACGUUGAUGAUGAAAAUGAUGAAGAAGAACGGUUUUACUCGAUUCCACCACACAUGAAUUUGUCAGACUUGCCUUCGCUUGAAUUACCUCCACUGGAAAUGCCUCUUUUUGACUUUGAUUCAAUAAAGGCAAAAAUGAAUUCUAACUCAGAUACAUAAAUCUGAAUGGCAGGAGUAAUCACAUGCAUGUUGCAGAGAUAGCUUUCAAUUGGCCAAUUGUUGUAGUGGAGAUGUACACAAUUUGGGGAACAGUUACUAGUACAUUCCUAACAUUGAAUCAUUAUUCAACAACUGUGGCACCUUAUGUACUCCCAGCAUAAGGGUGAAUGCUCAGUGAUUGAAUGUUUUUUAGUCAAGAGUGUAUAGUGGACCUUUCUAAAAGUUGAGAUUUUCUUAAUAUUUGAUUGAUUGGUUUUUAUGUACAGACAUCGAUAUCAUUGCAUUUUGUCAUUCAAUCAUUC